GAACCAGGAAACAAGAAACAGUUUCAGUUCAGGGAAAGAGACACUGAAGUGUAGUUGAGCUGUUGUGUGUUUGUUUCUCUGUGUUUAUGCAGUAAAAUGGCAGAAGCCAGGUUUUCUCCGGAUGAGUUCCUGUGUUCAGUGUGUCUGGAUCUCCUGAAGGAUCCAGUGGCCAUUCCCUGUGGACACAGUUACUGUAAGAUCUGUAUUACAGACUGCUGGGAUCAGGAGGAUGAGAAGAGAGUCUACAGCUGCCCUCAGUGCAGACAGACCUUCAGUCCAAGACCUGCUUUAGCUAAAAACACCAUGCUGGCUGAAGUGGUGGAGAAACUGAAGAAGACUACACUUCCUGCUGACUGUUACGCUGGAGCUGGAGAUGUUCAGUGUGACGUCUGUACUGGAAGAAAACACAAAGCCAUCAAGUCCUGUCUGGGGUGUCUGAACUCUUACUGUCAGAGUCACCUUGAACAACAUGAGAGUUGGUUUAAAGGAAAGAGACACAAUCUGACUGAUGCCACUGGACGACUGCAGGAGAUGAUCUGCCAAACACAUGAUAAACUCCUCGAGGUUUUCUGCCGCACUGAUCAGAAGUUUAUAUGUCUCCUGUGUACGAUGGAUGAACAUAAAAACCACGACACUGUAUCAGCUGCAGUGCAGAGGACAGAGAAACAGCACCAGCUGAAGAAGACGCAGAGGUCGUUCCAGCAGAGGAUCCAGCAGAGAGAGAAAGAUCUUCAGCAGCUGAGAGAGGCUGUGGCGUCUCAUAAGCGCUCUGCACAGACAGCAGUGGAGGACAGUGAGAGGAUCUUCACUAAGUUCAUCCGCUCCAUUGAGAGAAGCCGCUCUGAGGCGACACAGCGGAUCAGAGACCAGGAAAAGACUGCAGUGAGUCGAGCUGAAGGACGACUGGAGCGACUGGAGCAGGAGAUCAAUGAUCUGAGGAGGAGAGACGCUGAGCUGGAGCAGCUUUCACACACACAGGAUCACAUCCAUUUCCUGCAGAGUUUCCAGUCUCUCUCGGCUCCUCCUGAAUCUACAGACGUAAAUGACAAUCCCUUCAGUCCUCUCUCCUCUUUUGAUGGCGUGAGAGAAUCUGUCCUUCGGCUGAGAGACAAACUGGAGGAUUUCUUCAAAGAAGAGCUCAAGAAGAUCUCUGACAGAGUCAUUUUCACCAACAUUGUUCCCAGAACCAGGAGCGACUUCCUACAAUAUUCUCUUCCGCUCAGUCUGGAUCUGAACACUGUGAGUAAACGCCUCCGUCUGACUGAGAACAACAGAGUAAUUACUGGCACUCCCCCAGUCCAGCCGUAUCCUGGUCAUCCAGACAGAUUUGAUGAUGUGGAUCAGGUGUUGUGUAGAGAGAGUGUGUGUGGACGCUGUUACUGGGAGAUUGAGUGGAGUGGGAAGUUUGGUGUGUAUAUAUCAGUGUCAUAUAAGAACAUCAGCAGGAAGGGACGGGGUAAUGAGUGUUGGUUUGGAUAUAAUAAUCAGUCCUGGAGUUUGGAGUGCUCUCCCUCCAGAUACAUAUUCAGACACAAUGACAGAUUGACUUAUCUCCCUGUGAAGCCCAUCAGCUGUAGAACAGGAAAGUGUGUGUGUGACAGCAGAAUAGGAGUGUAUGUGGAUCACAGUGCAGGAACUCUGUCCUUCUACAGCGUCUCUGACACAACGAGCCUCAUACACACAGUCCAGACCACAUUCACACACACACUCUAUCCUGGGUUUAGGAUUUAUACUGGAUUGUUUUCUCUUUUCUCUAAAUCUAACAGAUCAUCAGUGAAACUGUGUUGAUGAGUGAGAACAGACUGUAGAGAUUCUACCCAUAAUGCUUUGAGCCGCAUGAUAAACCAGUAACAGUGAGAUGUUCUAGAGUCUCUUAUUUUCUCUUCACAUUAAUAAUCUUACAUUAAUACUUCAGCUGAACUUAUGGCACUGAAAUAACAAAAUAAAUGAAUUCUCAUAUAGACAGUAAGAUCAUUGUGUAUGUGUGUGUUAAUACCUUUCAAUUGAAAAUGUAUCGUUAAAUAAAUAUUGAUAUUGAAAAAUUGAUAAAUGUCAGUUUAUUAAUAAAUGUGAAAUGUAUAAACCCAG